AUGAUCGUCCGAACCCCCAAGUACCAAAUGGAAGACGACGUUCAAUCGCUGUACAGUUCAGUGAUGCGGCUCACCAUCAGGGACAUCCACAGGUCGGACCUCGGUGGGUACAAGUGCAUAUCCAAGAACUCUAUAGGAGAUGCGGAAGGUACCAUCAGGUUGUACGGUAAGCCGAUCUUACAUCAAACCUCAUUUAAUUAA